AUGAUGGUGUUUUUAAGAGUAAUCAAAUUCUACCUUUCAGGAUGUGAUGUAACAAAGACAAUUGGCGACAUCUACCCUCAUCUUUACAAUGGUGCUCUACUCUGCGUUACUGACCAGAAGAACAUCAAAGAUGGAGAUGAAAUUUAUAAGGUAGGCACUCCAAAAGCCGAGUGUAAUCCUCUGAUUUCUGAUGUUGGCCCGAGCGUUGCAUCUGUAGCAGAAUUUCCCGGAUCCGAAAAUGAACAAAGCACUAAAUGUGUAUGGGGAGAAAUCAAUGACACGUUAAGAAUGCAUAUGCUAGACACUCAUAAUACCAGAAGAGCAACACUCGCCUUGGGACAAAUUACAGAUAAUACAGGAGCUACUCUACCAGCCGCUACUGACAUGAAUACUCUAACGGUUACGGAGUGGUGGAAGCCCGUCCGAAAGGUUGCCGGUCCCGGACCAAAUGUCUACUUCCGUCUUGAACACAACAGUACCGCCAUAAGAUCCUUCACCCUAGUAAGUACAUUGCAUAAUAAGAACUGUCCUACACCUUAGUA